GCCCGCCCCGCCGCCGAGCGUCACGGAACCUGCUUGAAAUGCAGCCGAGGAGCCGGGGCUGGCGGCAGCGGCGGCGGCGGCGGCGGCGGGGGCAGCUGCAGCCCCGGCGCCGCGGCAAGGACUCGGAGGGCUGAGGCGCGGCGGCAGCACGGGGUGCGCGGGGAGCGGCGGCCGGAGCCCGGGGCCCGCCAUGGGCCGCCCCGAACGGGGCGCGCUCCGGCCGCUGGCGCUGCUGCUGCUGCUGCUGCAGCUCCAGCAUCUCGAGGCGGCGGCGGAUCCACUGCGCGGCGGCCAAGGGUCGGUCAAGGAGUGCGAAGAGGACCAGUUCCGGUGCCGGAACGAGCGCUGCAUUCCCUCUGUGUGGAGAUGCGACGAGGACGACGACUGCUCGGACAACAGCGACGAGGAUGACUGCCCCAAGAAGACCUGUGCGGACAGCGACUUCACCUGUGACGACGGCCACUGCAUCCGAGAGCGGUGGAAGUGCGAUGGCGAGGAGGAGUGUCCCGACGGCUCGGACGAGUCCGAGGCCACUUGCACCAAGCAGGUGUGUCCCGCAGAGAAGCUGAGCUGUGGACCCACCAGCCACAAGUGUGUGCCUGCUUCGUGGCGCUGUGAUGGAGAGAAGGACUGCGAGAGUGGAGUGGACGAGGCCGGCUGUGCCACCUUGUGCGCCCCGCACGAGUUCCAGUGCAGCAACCGCUCUUGCCUGGCCGCCGUGUUCGUGUGCGACGGCGACGACGACUGUGGCGACGGCAGCGACGAGCGUGGCUGCGCCGACCCGGCCUGCGGGCCCCGCGAGUUCCGCUGCGGCGGCGACGGCGGCGCCUGCAUCCCCGAGCGCUGGGUCUGUGACCGCCAGUUCGACUGCGAGGACCGCUCGGACGAGGCGGCCGAGCUCUGCGGCCGCGCGGGCCCCAGGGCCACGUCCGCGCCCGCCGCCUGCGCCGCUGCCUCCCAGUUCGCCUGCCGCAGCGGCGAGUGCGUGCACCUGGGCUGGCGCUGCGACGGCGACCGCGACUGCAAGGACAAGUCGGACGAGGCCGACUGCCCGCUGGGCACCUGCCGUGGAGACGAGUUCCGGUGUGGGGAUGGGACUUGUGUCCCUGCCGUCAAGCGCUGCAACCAGGAACAGGACUGUCCGGACAGGAGUGAUGAAGCUGGCUGCCUGCAGGAGUCAACAUGUGAGGGUCCCCGCAGAUUUCAGUGUAAGAGUGGCGAGUGCGUGGACGGCGGGAAAGUGUGUGAUGCUCAGAGGGACUGCCGGGACUGGUCAGAUGAACCUCUGAAAGAGUGUGGGCUGAACGAGUGUCUACACAACAAUGGCGGCUGUUCCCACAUCUGCACCGACCUCAGGAUCGGCUUUGAGUGCACGUGCCCAUCGGGCUACCGGCUCCUGGACCAGAAGACCUGUGGUGACAUUGACGAGUGUGAGGACCCAGAUGCCUGCAGCCAGAUCUGUGUCAAUUACAAGGGCUACUUUAAGUGCGAGUGCCACCCUGGCUACGAGAUGGACACUCUGACCAAGAACUGCAAGGCCGUCGCUGGCCGAAGCCCGUCCCUAAUCUUCACCAACCGGCACGAAGUGCGGAGGAUAGACCUGGUGAAGCGGGACUACUCGCGUCUCAUCCCCAUGCUCAAGAACGUCGUGGCGCUGGACGUCGAAGUUGCCACCAAUCGCAUCUACUGGUGUGACCUCUCCUACCGCAAGAUCUACAGCGCCUACAUGGACAAAGCCAGCGACCCGGCAGAGCAGGAGGUCCUCAUCGAUGAGCAGCUGCACUCUCCGGAGGGCCUGGCAGUGGACUGGGUCCACAAGCACAUCUACUGGACCGACUCGGGCACCAAGACCAUCUCAGUGGCCACAGCUGAUGGCGGACGCCGUUGCACCCUCUUCAGCCGUGACCUCAGUGAACCCCGGGCCAUUGCCGUCGACCCCCUGCGAGGGUUCGUGUAUUGGUCUGACUGGGGGUACGAGGCUAAGAUCGAGAAGUCUGGGCUCAACGGUGUGCACCGGCAGACACUGGUGUCAGACGGUAUUGAGUGGCCCAACGGAAUCACCCUGGAUUUGCUGAACCAGCGCUUGUACUGGGUGGACUCCAAGCUGCACCAGCUGUCCAGCAUUGACUUCAGCGGAGGCAACAGGAAGAUGCUGAUUUCCUCCCCUGACUACCUGAGCCACCCUUUCGGGAUAGCUGUGUUUGAGGACAAGGUGUUCUGGACAGACCUGGAGAAUGAGGCCAUUUUCAGCGCAAAUCGGCUCAAUGGCCUGGAAAUCUCCGUCCUAGCUGAGAACCUCAAUAACCCACAUGACAUUGCCAUCUUCCAUGAGCUGAAGCAGCCUAGAGCUGCAGAUGCCUGCGAGCUGAGUGCCCAGCCCAAUGGAGGCUGUGAGUACCUGUGCCUUCCUGCUCCUCAGAUGUCCAGCCACUCCCCCAGGUACACUUGUGCCUGUCCUGACACAAUGCGACUGGGCCCUGACAUGAAGAGGUGCUACCGAGCACCUCAGUCUACCUCAACUACAACGUUAGCCUCCACCACAACGAGGACAGUAGCCGACACCACCAGAGCCCCUGGGACCACCGUCCACAGCCCCGCCUACCAGAACCACAGCACAGAGACACCGAGCCUGGCAGCAGCGGUCCCAAGCUCAGUUAGUGUCCCCAGGGCUCCCAGCAUCAACCCGUCUACCCCAAGCCCUGCAACCAGCAACCACUCCCAGCAUCAUGGGAAUGAAAGUGGCAAGAUGGGCUCAACAGUCACUGCUGCUGUCAUUGGGAUCAUUGUGCCUAUGGUGGUUAUAGCCCUGCUGUGCAUGAGUGGCUACCUGAUCUGGAGAAACUGGAAGCGGAAGAACACGAAAAGCAUGAAUUUCGACAACCCUGUGUACAGGAAAACGACAGAAGAAGAUGAGGAUGAGCUCCACAUAGGGAGGGCUGCUCAGAUUGGCCAUGUCUAUCCAGCACGAGUGGCAUUAAGCCUUGAAGAUGAUGGACUGCCCUGAGGAUGGGACCACUCCCUUCGUGCCUCACGGAAUUCAGUCCCAUGCACUACACCCUGGAUGGUGUAUGCCUGGAUGGAAGGGUUUCUGUACAUGAGUCUGUGUGUCUGUGUGUGUGUGUGUGCGUGUGUAAUUGUUUUUAAUUUAUAUUGCGGAAAGGUAACCACAAAGUUAUGAUGAACUGCAAACAUCCAAAGGAUGUGAGAGUUUUUAUAUGUAUAAUGUUUUAUACACUUUUUAACUGGUUGCACUACCCAUGAGGAAUUCAUGGAAUAGCUACUGCUGAGUGACUAACGUGAUGUACAUAACCAAAUGGGGCCGAUGGUACAGUAGCUUACUCAUCGUUUAAAAAUUAUAUUUACAGAGGGUAUUUGGUUUUGGGGGGCUUUUUUAGGUUUCAGAGUUUUUUUUUUUGUAAAUAGAAUGAUUAUGCUUUGUGGCUAUCCAUCAACAUAAGUAAAACGAAGAAAACACUUCAACUCCCUCUCCCAUUUAGAUUAUUUAUUAACAUAUUUCAAAAAUAAGAUUAGUUCUAUAAGUAAUUUAGAGAGGUGAGAGUAUUUAUUUUUGGUAUGAUUGGCCUACCACCCGGACUCUGUGUGCAUUUAUGUUUAUGUGUGUAUGUGAGUGAGAAAGAAAAAUCUGUAGAGAAGAGGCACACCUAUGGCUGUUGUUCAGAUACAUAAAGAUAAAUAUAUUUUAAAACAGUCCACAAGAAGGGUUAUCUGUAGUUUUCAGAGAAGCCUUUGGAAAUUUGGAUCAGAAAAGAGAUACCAUGGUUUGUGCAAACAUGCAGUGGGGAGAGGUAGAUCUUUUCUGCCUCUGACUGUUCUUGGGAUUCCAAUCAGUCAGCAGAAGGCCCUCGGCUCACCCGUGGCUACUGUGGUUCUCUUCUGUGGCUAAAGCCAGUGUACAGACUUCACACAGUACCCAAAGUUCCCGCGAGCUCAGGUGAGAACAUGCCUGAACCUUGGCUACUCCUUGUUUUAAAGUUCAGCAUUUCAAGUAACUUCAUUUUCUUUUAGGACACUUGGGUUGAAUUCACUGUUUCCUCUGAAGCACACUGAGGGUGCCAUCCUUACUUACAGAGAGCUAAAAGGAGAUGUUUCUUGAACAGCCCAAGUUUACUGUUGGGACUGGCUCAGGCACUGACCUCUGAGUAUGCAUGGGUUGAGGAUGAGGAUGGAGGAACGGGUUUUGUUACAUCUCUAUUUCUCCCUUCCCCUUUCUCUCUACCAUUUCCUUGAGGUGGAGAAAACAAUUUAAAGUGAUACAUAGGUUUGUUGCCAUCAUGUGUUCACAUAGAUGAAACUAAUAUUUGGCUUAAAUCAGAAAAAGUGGCGAAACCUAAAGUCCUGUUUGCGGGGGAAACGGCAUACACAAUACUACAGUAUAUUGGAUAUAUAUGUUCACACAGGGAUUUGGUUUACUGCUUUGUAAAUAAAAGGAGAAACUCUGGGUAUAUGUAUAGAUUUUUUUUUUCAUUGUGGACCUUACUUUGCUUUUCCUGGGCCUUGGGGGAGGCAGGGAGAAGUGCACUUUUCUUUUUGUGGGGUCUACCAUUGAAGAGAUAAUCCUGCAGUCCCAGAAGGAAUUCAGUCCCCGUUGGCUCUUAUCCAAGGUGUGGUCUUAACUCUGCUGCUCUGCCACUUCACUCCCACUGGACAACCAGGGACAAGGUGUGACAUGGAAGUGUUUGGUUUAAGUAGGAGCAGAGGACAUGUAUCUAACCUUAACAUACCUGGAACUUGACACUUUUAAGCAAAUUCCUCCCCUUCUACUCCCCAGCUGCCCCCAGCUCUGUGAAGCUUGGAUGUCUCACCAGCUUGAUACCCUCUGAAUUUCCAGGCAGACAUUCUGGGGUUCUGUCACCCUGUUCCUAGGACCUUUCUCUACAUCACUCUUGGUCUCCUGUCUUCUGAGAAAAUAACUGUAUUCUGGAGCCUGGGCACUAAGCUUUGCAUAAGCAAGCAGUUUCUUCAUGAUAUACAUGUGUUGAUAGUCCUGAAACAUUCAUUGAGAGGGUAUAUGCAAUUGAUCUAGAAUGACCAAAACCAAACAAUCUUAAGAACAGGUGGCCAACUCCUAUAGAGCUUAAUCACUUACUACUAUUCUUUCAAGAAUGGAAAGUAAAAUUAUUUUUGACUGAAGAAAAAUCAUGAAAGUGAAAAGCACUGAAAUUUACACAAAACAAGCAACUUUUUCUGUAACCUGCCUGCAAAGAAAUAGAAUUUCCUGGGGAAAUGAUAAUAGUGACUAAUGCAUAGUUUCUAAACUUUUAGUCAGAUCCUGUCCUUCACAGAAAAAAAAAAUGAAUAGGGUCAGGAUGAUUCAGCUUGAGAUCUCAAAAUGAUGAUGAAACACAGCUUUCAGAGAGACAUCCAUGUUUCCUGAAUAUGCUACAACUGCAGUUUGGAAGAGACAGUUACGGAAGCAACCUACAAAAAACUGUGGAAUACUCAUGUGUUGGAUGGCAGUAAAUGAGAUGAAAUCUGAGGAGUCAGGUUCAUUCUUCUCUAUUCUUGGAUGCGUUUUGAGGUACAGUUGCACUUCUGUGGCCUUUUGCCCCUGCGUCAUCAUAUACCUACAGCCAACAAUGGAUCACAGAGUCAUUGGACUACAGAGCUGGAAGGAAGCUUAGAGAUAAGGCCUGAAGGGCAGAUAAUUUAUCAGACACUUAUUUAUAUGUGUAAAAGAAACUAGUCCCAGCCCUUUUCCUCACUUUCCUUUUCCAGGAGACUACUUUGGGCUGCCCGAACAUUGUAUCAAACCUGCUACCUAUCUUAUGGCC